AUGUCGGUCACAGAAAUCAACCAAACACCUCCAGAGGAGCCCAUCACAAUUCCAUCCAACCGCGAUGGCGUUGCCUACCUCUACGGCCACCCGCUUCUGAACUCGCUCUCCCCACCACUGCACCAGACCGUCUAUAACGCUCUCGGCCUCAAUUGGACCCAAAUACCCCUGUCCAGCGUAACAGGCACAUCAGACACCUACCCUCCCCCCUACACACGGUCCCCGCCGAUCGAGAAAUACCUCGCCUCAAUCAAGUCCAACCCCAAAUUCGUCGGCUCAUCCGUAACGAUGCCUCACAAGGUCGCAAUCAUGCCAUACCUGGACGACCUCACUGAACAUGCCCGCCAAGCCGGCGCCUGCAACACCAUCUUCCUUCGCAACGAUCCAACAACCGGCGAACGCCAGUACGUCGGCACGAACACAGACUGCGACGGUAUCCGGGAAGCUCUCACGCAGAACGCACCCGAUCCCUCGCGCUUCCGCGGCCGGCCCGCGCUCAUCAUCGGCGGUGGUGGCACUGCCCGUACUGCCAUUUACGUCAUGCGCCGCUGGCUCGGCUCCAGCCGCAUCUAUAUUGUUAAUCGCGACGCCGCUGAGGUCGCAGCCAUUCUCGAGGAAGACCGUCGCCGCAACCCUGAUGCCAAUGGCCAGGCACCUCUAAUCCCUGUUACGGACCCUGCCGAAGCAGCACGCCUGGAGGCUCCCGCUGCUAUCGUCUCGGGUAUUCCCAAUUACCCUCCGAAGACCCCCGAGGAACUGCGCUCUCGUGCGAUUAUAGAGGCUUUCUUGGGCACUGCUGCGGGUGCAGAGAAGCAGCAGGGUGUCAUUCUAGAGAUGUGCUACCACCCCACGCCUUGGACUGACAUUGCUCAUCUGGCUUCUGACGCUGGGUGGAAGGUGAUUCUCGGUUCAGAGGCUCUGAUUUGGCAGGGCCUCGAGCAGGCGCGUCUCUGGACUGGCAAGGAUGUUAUCGGUACUCCUGGCCUUGUGCAGCAGGUCAAGGAAUUUGUUGCCAAGACUAUUGCGAAUCGGGCAUCUGCAAAGUCUAGCUUGUGA